AUGAGUUAUACUGAUUCAAGGUCCGCGUCAAAUAAUAGCACUAGUCAAGAUGCCACAUCUGGAAAGUUACAGUACACAGAAAGUGAUGAUGAAGGAAGUGAUGAAUAUUGCAAUGGUGGUUACCAUCCUGUUAAGAUAAAUGAAAUAUAUAACGAAAGAUACAGAAUAGAAGGAAAAUUAGGAUGGGGUCAUUUUUCUACCGUUUGGGUUGCAACAGAUUUAAAAAGCAAACCAUUAAAAUUUGUUGCUAUAAAAAUUCAGAAGGGAUCAGAAUCAUACACAGAAUCAGCAAAAUGUGAGAUAAAUUAUUUAAAAACAGUUAAAGUGAAUUCCUUUGACGCUUCGUGGGUAGAAUUAAAAGAACAACAAAGAGAAAGACUUUUUCAUUACAAUAUGACUAAAGGUGUUGUUUCCUUUAUUGAUAGUUUUGAGCAUAAUGGUCCCAAUGGUACACAUGUUUGUAUGGUAUUUGAAUUUAUGGGGCCUAAUUUAUUGUCCUUAAUAAAAUAUUAUGAUUACAAAGGUAUUCCAUUAAAUUUAGUUAGAAAAAUUGCUACACAUGUUUUGAUAGGAUUACAGUAUUUACACGAUGUCUGUAAAAUUAUACAUAGCGAUAUAAAACCAGAAAAUGUUUUAGUAUCUGCUCUAACGAACAUUCCCAAACCGAAAGAUUAUAGUAAGGAAAAAUUAAUAAAUGACAAUGAAAAAGAAAAUGAAAGCAAUCAUAUUGCAAAUAAAGAAAUGGAUAAAAAUUAUUUUACUACAAAGAAAAAUAUGCAGAAUUGUGCAUCCUCUAAUGAACAACAAAAACAUGAAAUGCAAGUGCAAUCCUACCCGAAUGAAGAAGUAGAAGAUGACGAAUCAUACAUAAAUGAUGGAAAAGAUCAAAUUGAGUUGGAUAACAUAGAGUGGAGUAAACUAAGUAAAAAUGAGAAAAAAAAAUUAAAAAAAAAAAAAAAAAAAAUUUUAAAAAGAGAAAGAUUAAAAAUGGAAAAGGAAAAAAAGGACAAAGAAGGAGAUAAACCUAUCACAGAAAAUAUAUAUAUUAACAAACAAAAUAUUGUAACUCAACGUAAUUCAUCUCAAAAUGAUAAUAAUGAAUUUAAAAAAGAAGAUAAUGAAAAUAUCAAUGUUACCACCCAAUUACGUCAGGACAGUGUAUCAAAAAAGACCUUAGAAAAUUACAGCGAGGAUGUAGUUAGUUACAAUAUUGUUAAUACAAAUUGUAUUACUAAUUGUGGGGAAAAUGAUAAUUUUAUUGAAUCUGCAGUUACGAAAGAAGUGUUAAAUAAUAACAUUAGUGCGUUGUUGUCAGAUAAUAAGAACAACAUUGAGAGUAAUAGUAAUAAUAAUAGUAAUAAUAAUAAUAAUAGUAAUAAUAAUAAUAAUAAUAUUAACAUCGUUUUAAAUGAAAAAACAAAAAAAACUGAAAAAGAAGAAAUGAAUUACUGUGGAAAUACUAUUAAUACGAUGGUAGAUGAAAACACUUUAUAUAGUACAGAAAAUGUGCAAGUUUCUGAUUAUAAAAAAGAAAAUGCACCAUAUAAAAAAGAACAAAAUUUAAAAAAAAUAAAAAAAAUAAAUGAACCUCCAUAUGUUAAACAUAGACUUAAACCAUCGAAUUCGGACCCUUCCUUGCUUACUACAUAUUAUAAUAUACACGCCUUGCAAGAAGCACUAACAAAAAAGCCUUAUCAUUAUAACAGUUAUUUUUUAAAUAACCCAGAGAAGUAUGGAGAUGAUAAAUUUCCUCUAUAUUUGCAUAGGUUACCAAAUGAUUACUUGAAAAAAAAUCCAGUAGAAGAUAAUAAAGAUCGUACAGAGAAUUCAGUGAAUAGCGAGUGUAGCGAUUACGAGAAAUCUGAGAAAUUUGUAGAAAAGGAUAUGAACAAAUUCCCCAUUUAUUGUGAUAUGUUUAAUCAUUUAGUUCAUCCUGAGGCUAUGAAAUUGCAUGAAUUGUACAAGAAGGAAAAUAAUAAUAAUAAUUUGAAAGUACCAAAAGAUUCUCAGGAAAAUAAUCAAAAUACACGUAAAGUUGUUUAUAUAAAAACAGAAGAAGGGGAUUACUGCAUUAGACCUUAUGAUCCUGCUGUUUAUUAUCAUGAAAAAUCAUGCUAUAAAAUUUGCGAUUUAGGAAAUAGUUUAUGGAUUGACGAAUCCAGAUAUGCCGAAAUACAAACAAGACAAUAUAGAGCUCCAGAAGUAAUAUUAAAAAGUGGUUUUAACGAAACUGCAGAUAUAUGGUCAUUUGCUUGUAUGAUAUUCGAAUUGGUAACAGGAGAUUUUCUAUUCAACCCGCAAAAAUCGGAUAGAUAUGAUAAAAAUGAAGAACAUUUAAGCUUUAUGAUUGAAGUUUUAGGAAAUAUACCAAAAUAUAUGAUCGAGUCAGGAUUUAAUUCUCAUAAGUAUUUUAAUAAAGAUACAUGUAAACUUAAAAAUAUUAGAAAUAUCAAAAGAUACGGAUUACAUAAAAUAUUGAAAUAUAAGUAUAAUAUUCCAGAAAAAGAAAUUAAUCCGUUAUGUAGCUUUUUAUUACCAAUGCUUUCAAUAGAUCCUCGAACGAGACCAUCAGCAUAUACCAUGCUUCAACAUCCAUGGCUUAACAUGGUGGAAUUAGAGGAUGAAGAUGUUUAUAUGCAAAAUAAGUCCUACUCCAUUAACAGUACAAGUUUAAAAAAUAAUAUGAAUUAUGAUCAUGUUUAUCAAAAUUCUAGCAAAAGUAAAAGUUCUUCUAAUAAGAAAAAUAUGCACAUAAAUUACAAAAAUCUUCAUACCAGUACUUUGAUACAACAACUAAAAGAAUCGUGCAAAAGUGGGGAAGAGGAAGAAUAUGAAGAGGAAUUGGAAGGAAAUUAUGAUAGUGAAUGCGAAUACGAUUUUAUGUACGAAAAUAUAUAUAAAUAUAGGAAUACCGAGGAUAAAAUGUCCCAUGUUAACUGUGCCAAUAUGUACCAAAAAAACGUAAAAAAAAAUGUAAUCAAUAAAUUUGAACAAAAAACAAAGAACAUAAAACAAAAUGAUUCAAAUAUGCAAGAUUGCUUAAUUAACGCAGAAGAUUAUAUAUUCAACGCAAAAAAUGUACCGAAAAAACUGAUUAACGACACUUGCAGUAAUCAUCAGUUUCUAAAAGGUAUUCAACAUUAUGAAAGUGGGAAGGUAAAGAAUUAUAAAAAAAUGAGCAGUGUAUACAAUGAAGCCAUACAUUCAGAUAAAGAUGGAAAUUCCGAUCAGUAUUAUGAUCAACCAGAGGAAUAUAAAUACGAAAAGUAUGAAGAGGAGGAAGAAGGUGAAACUGAUGAAGAAACUGAAGAAGAUGAAGAAGAUGAAGAUGAAGAUGAAGAUGAAGACGAAGAUGAAGAAGAAGAAGAAGAAGAAGAUGAAGAAGAAGAUGAAGACGAAGAUGAUGAAGAAGAUGAAAUUAAAUAUCAGAGUAAAGAUAAUGAAUGUGGCAAAAAUCAGUUUGACAACGAAAAUGAUAAGCGUAAUAAAAAAUACGAAAAUAGGAAUGGUAAAGAUAACAGUUACGAAAAUGAUAGCGAUGAUAACAGAUGUACGGAUGAUGAAAAUAUAGUAUAUAAACAGGAAGAUGAUGUAGAAGUACUUGAUAAUAGGAGGAAUCAAAAAAAAAAAUUGGAAAAAGGAGUGAAAAUUGAUGAAAUGAGUAGUAUUGUGAAAAGCGGAGACAUCAAAAAAAAAAAAGCAAAAGAAAAUGCAAAACUAAUAGAUCAGGAAGAAUCGAUGAAAGGUAUCAUAAAAAUUAAUGAUAUGGAAAAGAACGAAUUGACUGAAUUAGAGGGAGGUAACACUUGUUCAAAAAAUAUGAACAAUAUUUUAUUGGAUUGUACUAAUAACAAAAAUUUUGAUAAAUUUGAACAAAUAGAAAAAACUCAGAUAGAUGUUAAACAACAAGAACAAUUAUUAUGCAAAGAAAAUGAAAUAUUUGAAAACCAAGAUGAAGAUAAGUCAAAUAAAGUAAAUUGUAAAGUCGUUAAUAAAAAAACUUUUUGUGCUUUUUCAUAA